UUGUAGAUCACAGCGGAGAUGCUACUGUAUAAGAACUCCAGGCUGACUGCACUCAAGGACACACUGGGUUUAACGGCAACUCCCCCUACUCUACUGAGAUGGUAGCUCCCCCCCAUCUGUUCCCUACUUGUGAAAUUCAGAUUGAAGCAGAUUGUAGUACUCUCCAGGUUGCAAUGGCAACUGACUUGAUGCAACAACAACUUUGGUUUCUUUAAAGAUAAGUUUUUUUUUUCCAAGCAAAAGAAAACUUUUAAAAAAAUCGCAAGCCACCUUUUCCCCCACUGAUGUAAAAUAAUAUAUACCUCGCACCUUUGGAAAAUGUCCCAGGAAUGUACAGUUUCUGUGGAAGAAAUCCGUUCGUGGUGGGAAGUCCCUGCCAUAGCUCAUUUCUGCUCCUUAUUCAGGACCGCUUUCAAUUUACCAGACUUUGAAAUUGAGGAACUGGAAGAAGCCCUGCUCAAACAGGACUUUGCUUUUCUGUCAGAACUGAUCUCCUCUCUCCUACAGGGAUGCUACCAGCGGACCGACAUCACGCCCCAGGCGUUCCGGAGCUACCUGGAGGACAUCAUCAAUUACCGCUGGGAGCUGGAGGAGGGCAAGCCCAACCCCCUGAAGGAGGGGCCCUUCGAGGAGCUGCCCACCCGCACGCAGGUGGAGCUGCUGCACCGGCUCUGCGACUACAGGCUGGACGCUGCCGACGUCUUCGACCUUCUCAAGGGCCUGGAUGCUGACAGCUUGCGGGUCGAGCCUUUGGGAGAGGACAGUGACGGCGCCCUCUACUGGUAUUUCUAUGGAACACGCAUGUACAAGGAACAGCCUGUGAGAAGGACAACAGCAGCCCAGAGUGAAAAUGCUGAAGUCAAAGUUGAAGAGAAACCAGUGAGAAAACGGGGAAGACCACCGAAAAAGAAAAAAUUUGAAGCAAAGAGACUGAGUGAGUUGGAAAGUGUGAUAAAAGAAGAAGAUGGAAAAGGGAAUCUACUAACAGAGAGCGAGCGGGGGGCCUGGUCUCUUGUGUGUGCCACUGAGGAGGAGUGGCAGAGCCUGGCAGAGAGCAUCAAAGGGAAACACACCUACAAAGACAGGCAGCUCUACAAGCUGCUCAGCGAGAACUUCAUCCCGGAAAUUAGCAACAUGAUACUGUACAAGGAGAACCAGAGGCAGGAGAGGUUGUUAGACAUGGCUCCUCGGAGGAGCUCCGACCGCCUUACUAUAAAACGCAUCUUACAAGAAGAAGAGGAGACGCUUCAGGCCAUCGCAGAGGUGGAGCAGCAGAAGCGCAAGGAAGAGGAGGAGGUGGACCGGCAGCUGCUGCUGGCCGAGCAUCGCAGGGAGCAGGAGAGGCAGCUGGAGGAGGAGCGCAGGCAGGAGGUGCAGGACAAGGUCAAGGCCGUCGAAGAGCGGGCCAGGAGGAGGAAGAUGAGGGAGGAGAAGGCCUGGUUGCUGUCCCAGGGAAAAGAUCUACCCCCAGAACUCCUCAGCCUGGAUUCCCAUUCACCUGUCAGGAGAGCCAGGAAAACCAAAGAAUUCUUCGACAUAGAUGACGAUUACACAGCUUUGUACAAAGUUUUAGAUGCUCUGAAGGCUCACAAGGAUGCUUGGCCUUUCAUGGAACCUGUUGAUGAGUCCUAUGCUCCAAAUUACCAUGAGAUCAUUGAGACCCCAAUGGACCUGUCAACAAUUGAAAAGAAGCUCAAUGAAGGCCAGUACAUUGCAAAGGAUGAAUUUGUCUCAGACGUGAAGCUCAUGUUUGAAAACUGUCUGGAAUACAAUGGAGAAGAUAGUGAGUACACCAAGAUGGCGGAGGCCCUGGAGCGCUGCUUUAACAAGGCCCUGCUCAAGCACUUCCCCUCGGAGGAGGGGGACACAGACGAAGAGUUCAAAGUCAGCAGCGAGGACAGGGAGCGGCGGGAGAGGCGACGCAGCCGGUCCCAGCGCCCGGGGGGGCCCGAAGCCUUGACCCGGACCAUGGAGCAGGUCCAUCGCCGAAGGGUCCCCCACAACGGCAAGGGCCGAGCCCCCCCCGCAGAGGAGGAGAGGUGGAGACCGGCCUCCGAGCCCCUGCCGGCGGCCUGGGUCAACGGGCCCGCACACAGCCAGCCCUUCCCCUCUGGUCGGAGCGUUUCGGGGCCGGAGCAGAAGUCUCCCAGCUAUCAGCCAUGCCAUCCGCUGCAGAGACCCCCUGUUCCUGGGACAUUUAUCCACCGUCUUGCUCUGGAUCCCCGGUUUCCUUAUGCACCGCAAAGACCACCUGAGCCGAGGUUGGGAGAACCAGCCCAUCAGCACCUACCUCAGCAGUUCAAUAUUCAGCCUUCUCCAGCAGCAAAUGAGCAUCUUGGUCCAAGGAUGAGGGGUCCCAACUCCAAACUCCUGUCGGCGCCGCAGCAACAACCAUCUUACAUCGGUCCCACUCACGGCCCCUCGCUGGGGCCCCGUCCUGCAGCUCUGCAGUCCGGAGGCCUCUGUGGGCCCCCACCAGAGGGCAGCUUGUACCCCUCCCAGCAGCGGCCGGAAGGACUAGUCAGACCCCCUGGGGGAAGUGCUUUCACAGGGGCCGAGGUCCCGCCUCCCCAAAAGAGCAUGUAUGGCCACUUCCGGCACCCCACGGUCACACUGCCCCCCAUGUGGUCGGGGAUGAAUGGCCUGGGGCAGGAGAGACCCCCAACACCCAGGCUGCAGGAGCAGAACUCGAGUGGGCAGAUGGUGCAGCCCCCCUUCAACCCCAGCGUGGUCCACGGCCCAGCGCCCACAAAACACUGGCCAGAUCAACCGCCUGGUUGCCUACCUCACAAUGGCCAGCCAGCAGGCCUGUACAGACUGCCCUCUGGGGCCAGCUCCCCAGUACCAGGGGCGCCUCGGGGAGACCCCCUGCACCGCGUCCCCGCUCCUCCUCUCCCUCCCCAGGAGCACAGGACGCACUUGGGCUCCAUGUUAGAGAGCCCCGAAAUGAUCGCUCUGCAGCAGCUCUCUGCCUCCUCCUGCUCCCCCGCGGGCACCUCCCCCCUCUCUCAGCACCUGGGAAACUAUCAACAGCCCCCCUGGGCUCCACCUGCACCACAGGCCCCGCCACAACCUCCCCCUCCCCCCGACAUACAGCUGCUGAAGCCUGCCAAAGAGAACAGCGUGGAGAGUGAGAGCAGCCACCCCGAGGAACCUUUCAGGAAAGGAAUGACACCAUCUGAGCCAAAAAUGGCUGAGCCCAUUCAGCCUGUUCGAGUCACUCCGGCUCCAGGGGAGCAAGACAGGAAAUCGGUCCCCAGCCCCACGGAGACCUCCAACAGAUCCUCAGGCGUGGGCAUGCAGAGCCCUGACCAGGGUGCCAGUCAGGACAAAGGCCUGGCAGACCACGUGCCUGUGCCGGGACACCCGCAGGGAACAGACACCUGUGUUGCAGCACGCGAGUGCACGGUGGAACAGGGCCCCCCGGAGGCAAACGAUCAAAAAACAAGUGAGCCCCCUGCCAAAGCGAAGCAGCCAGAACUAGCCCCAGAGAACCGGAAAGAAAACGACGGCAAGCCAGACCCUAAACAGCACAGCGAAUCCGAGAUGAGGUCUCCUAACGGGUAUUUUAAAGAGCAGUGCUAUAAUUCUGGGACGGAGCAUCUGUUGAGCGGCAUGGCCCACAGAGGACCAGGGCCCUUGAACCCUGCCAUGUCGCCUUACAGGCUUGCCCAGGAGAAGGGGGUCCCAGGCCAGUAUAACAACAUGACUGGGCCUAGACAUACCAUGUAUGGAAUGCCCUUGGGUAGGCCAAUGCCUGUCCCCAAUCGGCAGCAUUUCCCUAACCAGGCCCUGCCUCAGGCCAUGUCUCCUCACCAAGGCCCGGCCAGGUACCCCCAGUUUCACCAGCAGGGGUCAGCAUAUCCUUACCACAUGGCCUCCCAGAACCCCCAAGGCGGCUCCAACAUGUACCAGCAGUACCAGCAGCCACAGUACUUCCCCCAGCACCAAGGCAGUGGCGCAGGAGGUGGCUUCCCCACAGAGGAGUGGCCUAGACCACCUUAUCAGCCUCGCCACCCUGCGCCCUCCGGCACCUACAUGCCCAUGGCCAGUGCCAACGUGAACGGAAGACUACGAGAAAGCAGCAUGUCUCCUCAGGGCUCCGAGAGCUCGACAAGCAGCCUGGUCUCUCCAAACCCGCUGCCCGAAGGGACCAGAAGUAGUUCUGUGGAGAUCAGGGAGGUUGCUACCCCAGUAAAGGCAGCGAGAAUAGAAGAGGAGCCUGAAAGGCCGGAGAGUCCCAAAGAAAUACUGGACCUGGACAGUCACAAUGCAGCCACUCGGAGACGCAGCACCCAGUCUUUGCCUAAUAUGGCUGGGUUCAUGUACGGCCCUCGUGCAGUGCACCCAGGGAUGCAGGAUGACGGCAGUGGUCCAUCGCCCCACAUGAUGCCCCAUUCUCCUUAUCCUGCACAUCCUUUCACUGCUAGCCCUUACCCACCUCAAAGGCCUCACCAGUUGAUGCAAGCCAUGCAGCACCCUCAGCACAUGGGCUUCGCCCAGGGCCAGCCCAGAAUGGCCAUGUACAGGCACCCCGAUGAGAGGAUGGGCUACUUCCAGGGCAUGAUGGUCCAGCAGAGAAUGACGGGGCCGGUGCCACAGCAGUACCUCCGCCCAGGACAGCAGAUGGGAGUCCCCUUGACUGAAAACAGGGGGUCCACCAGCAAACAGGGAGUCUGAGCAUAGCUGGCCCACCUUGGGAGAAGAGCAGGUAGAGAAGACUACAGCAAAAGAAACAGGUGUGCCUCACUCUUCAACCAGCAGUCUGACUUUGACUUUGGCAGCUAAUGGCCAUUCUCUUUUCUUUAAAUGAAUUUGUGAACUUGGUACCACGACAUUUCGAUGUGUUUUUUUUAUGUCUCUCGCUCUCAAACUGGCUAAUUUCUCAUGUAAUUAGGAAGUUUUGAAAAAGGGAUAAAGUCCUGCUACUUGGUCAGCUCUGCAGAGUGGCACGAGGGCAGGGGUUAGGGGCGUCGAUCCUGUUGCAGCUAAAUCGUUGGCCACCAUCGCGCUUCAGUUACUGUCACUGAAGGACGUGUGUCACAUGCAGCCACAGCAUCUCUCGAGGACGAAAAUUUUCAUUCACGGAUGUCUGCUCCGUGGUCCCAGUUUCUCUUUUAAAGAGAAAUGUAAAGGCCCUUACAUGGAGGGGAAGCUGGAGCACUGCUAUUUCUGGACCCGUCACCACACACCUGGCGAAACUGCUGCUCUGGCACAAGGCCUGUGGGAGUAUCUGCUGUAACACGAAUGGCGAUAAUUCGUACCUCACUGGAGGGAUGACCAGAAAGAGGUUACUCAAAUUGUUUUCUCUUUUUUGUUUUGUUUCUUACAAAACCUUUAUUAACUCAGGUGUAGAAAAGAAGGUUCUUUAAACUGUAGAAAUGUUUGAGCGGUUUAGAAACCAGUUUACAGAAAUUACAGUUGCCUUUUUUUUUUUCUUCCUUUGAAUGUACUUGUAAAUAGAUGUAGCAAUACAGGAAAGGAGCACUGUUAAAAAUAGUCAGAGACCACUGCAGUUCAGUUUGUAUGGAUCAUCCAUUGUUUUUGUCAGUGAAGAUACUGGAAACCUAUAUCAAGAGUGGGCAGGGCUGGAACAGUGUUCUGCCCACUGUGCUCAGUAUAGAGCAGCUUGGUCAGGUCCUGGUACAGGAAUUUGUCUCUUUAUAUACUGCCUUUACUGUGAAGAUGUAUUUAUUCCUCUGAUCUACGAAGAGCUUCGCAGCUCUUUUAUUGUGCACUGGAUUAUAGUAGCCAAAUACUGGAUGGGUGGCCUCAGACGUAACCGUCUAUAUGUGGGACCAUAAAAGCAUUCAUCUUAAUGGUGGAGUUCAGUAUCUAUGAACUGAUGUGCAUUUUCAGUUGGAAGGACCUUGAAUGUUUAAUGACGCAUAACUGGCAUCAUCAGCUGUGAGCAAUUUGCCUUAAUAUCCACACUGUCAUAACGCACAGAUAUACACAUGAGGGAUGCGUUUGUUUAUAGUCAAAGGCCGCUUUGUCCUACUCCACUGAUGAUAAAAGACAGGAGGAAUUGUAAAUUCCUGCAGGUAUUUAAGAAAGCGCUCUGUGGUUGUCACCUAGUCAGUUCUGCACUCUGCUUUGACAGUACAUUUUAAUGUUCUUAACUUGUAAAAGAUCAAAUUAAGCACCUGAAAGGGUUAUUAAAUUAACUGUGAUCACUAAGGCUAGUUUGCUUUUUUAAAAUCUUUAUGAAUUCAUUUGACAUGCUGUACAUGAAGUAGUAUACUGUAGUGUAGAUUCCUUUCCUUUACGUGUUAUUUCACAUUUGCAUGUUUAAAUGUAAAAAAUAUUUCUUCAAAUAAGAUAAAUCCCCAACAGGAGAUUAACUGUUUGCUCAGGGUGAAUGUAUAACAGUAUUUUAAUACGGGUAUUUUUUAAAUUACUUAUUUGAAGGACAUUAUAAAUGAAUUUUCUGCUAUGAUGGACAUAUGUCACACUUCCUGUCGUUUCCCUUUGAAAGUUGAUUAAACUGCUCUAAUAAAUGCUAACUCUUGCCAAGUUAUUUU